AUGGUUUUCAAUUCUGAUAUCAAAACUUCACAAGAUGGGGUUUUCCAUUACGUAACAGGCAGCAAAAUCCCAGAUAAUAAAAUAAUUUAUCUUGAUGGGACUACUAAUAAAGGGUAUACUUUUGGCCAGUUUAAAAGUGAAUCAAAAAAGUUCGCUGCUGGGCUACAAGAUAAAGUUGGAUUUAAACAUGGAGGCAAAGUAACACUAGUAGAUCCAAAAUACGUAGCAAGCGAAUUAUCAUUUCAAUUAGUCGAUUCUGGGGCAUCUAUUCUGAUCGUACAUCCAAAUUUACUUGAAACCGCUAUCACUGCUUCAAAAGAAAUAAACAUCCAUAACAUUAAGAUAUUUUUAUUUGGUGACAAUGAAAUAAGUGGAUAUAAACCUUUUCGUUCCGAGUUAAUUAGAAAGCGUGAAAUUGAACCAAUUUACUACACUCCGGAGGAUGCAAAUUCAACGACAGCUUAUAUAUGUUAUAGUUCUGGAACCACAGGAAAACAAAAAGGAGUCGAAAUAACUCACACGAAUUUUGUUGCAAAUUUAGCACAGCUUUAUAGUAUUGAAAAGGACCUUGGUCCGCACAGUAUCCUUGCUGGUGUCUUGGGAGCUACUGUGGUCAUCUUUCCGAAUUAUAAUAUAGAAACUUUCUGUUUUUAUAUUGAAAAGUAUAAAAUCGACUAUGUUUAUGCUGCACCGCCGAUUAUACUUGAUCUUGUAAAUUAUUCAGAUGCUAUAGAAUAUUUGUCGAGUGUGAAAAUGAUUGCUUAUGGGCUUACUGAAGCAUUAAUAAUAUGCUAUUCUGAUUCAAAUAAUAUAAUUGCUGGUUCCUGUGGGACUCCCCUCCCAAAUAUUAAAGUAAAAAUAUUAUCUGCUGAUGGCAAUGGUCCCAAUAAGCAUGGAGAAUUAUGCGUUCAUAGUCCAGCUGUAAUGAAGGGAUAUCUCAAGAAUUCAGAAGCUACAAAUACUGCUUUUGACAAUUAUGGGUUUCUUCAUACGGGAGACUAUGCACGUGUUGAUGACCAAGGAAAUUAUUAUAUUGUUGGCAGAAUUAAAGAAUUGAUUAAAUACAAAAGAUUUUCUGUGGCUCCAGCUGAACUAGAAUCGAUUUUACUUAAACACGAGAAGAUAUUCGAUGCUGCAGUGAUAGGUUUCUAUUCCGAAAAAGAUCAAACCGAACUACCUAUAGCAUAUAUCGUGCUUAAAUCUGAAGAAAAUGAAAAUAAUAAAUCUCUUAAGAAUGAGAUAAUACAAUAUGUAAAUAGUAAAGUUGCCCCGCAUAAGAAAAUAAGAGACUUGCUAUUUAUAAAUAAAAUUCCCAAAAACAAAUCAGGAAAGAUUCUAAGAAGAGAGUUAAGAGAAUUACUCUUAGUGAAUAUGUCGAGGAUCAAG